GCUCUCUGAGAGGUUGUAGUCGGCCAUUUCACCUCCACCGGCAACGAACCCCACCGACUGAGUGACGGGAAGGUGUCUGAUAACAUCUGAAGAUGACUGAGACAGCUAUCUCCUUCGCCAAGGACUUCUUGGCCGGCGGUAUCGCCGCUGCCAUCUCCAAAACAGCUGUAGCCCCAAUCGAGAGAGUCAAGCUUCUCCUGCAGGUACAACAUGCUAGCAAACAGAUCACAGCCGACAAGCAGUACAAGGGCAUCGUCGACACAUUCGUCCGUAUCCCCAAGGAGCAGGGCUUCCUCGCGUUCUGGAGAGGGAACCUGGCCAACGUCAUCCGAUACUUCCCCACUCAGGCCCUCAACUUUGCUUUCAAGGACAAGUACAAGAGUAUUUUCCUGGACGGCGUGGACAGGCACAAACAGUUCUGGAGAUACUUUGCAGGUAACCUGGCGUCCGGCGGCGCCGCCGGUGCCACGUCGCUCUGUUUCGUCUACCCCCUCGACUUCGCCAGAACGCGUCUGGCCGCCGACGUCGGCAAAUCAGGAGGGGGGCGCGAGUUCAAUGGCCUGGCGGACUGCUUGAAGAAGAUCUCCAAGUCUGAUGGCAUCAAGGGGCUCUACCAGGGCUUCAGCGUGUCAGUGCAGGGCAUCAUCAUCUACAGAGCGGCUUUUGGCGUCUACGACACGGCGAAGGGCAUGCUUCCAGACCCCAAGAACACGCACAUCUUUGUCAGCUGGAUGAUCGCUCAGUCUGUGACGGCGGUCGCUGGAUUUGUGUCCUACCCCUUCGACACCGUUCGCCGUCGUAUGAUGAUGCAGUCUGGACGCAAAGGAGCCGACAUCAUGUACAGUGGCACCAUCGACUGCUGGAGGAAGAUCGCGCGUGAUGAAGGCUCCAGGGCCUUCUUCAAGGGCGCCUGGUCUAACGUGCUCCGAGGCAUGGGCGGCGCCUUCGUGCUCGUCUUGUAUGAUGAGCUUAAGAAAGUCAUCUAAGUUGUUGUUUGUUAAUGUUGUGAAGUUAAACUGUAACAUAUCUUGUACAUUUGGAAGGACUUACACACUAUCUUUAUAGGGACCAGCUAGUAUUUUUCUACUAGUUGUACUGAGGGAAUCUGCUCUUCUCUUGGCCAUGCUCUUUUCUUCUUGUUUAGCCUUUUCACCAGAAUGUCAUUCCCUGAACACAGGAACCCUUGCUUGAAAAAAGAGAAAUAAUGCAACCUACUGAGUAAAUAUC